AUGUCACCAUGUCAUUCUUUGACUCACAAUUUCCUCGUCAACGAAAGUCUGCCCUCUGACGCGGACAUCGUUACCCGAUGCAGACAAGCCGGCUAUGAUGUCUUGGGAUUCAAGCUCGUCGACGAGGCUCAGUCCGUCAUCGCCUGGGUUAAGUACGGCCCAAACGUUACUAUCCCCGAGGCCCUGACGCAGGAUCGGGUUGCCAAGGCUCUCUGCAACGUUCCAUCCUCUGGUUUGGGUAAUCCUCCGAGUUUCCGCGCUUUCACGAGGGAGAAAGCUUCCUUCUCUAUCGGUUACAUCGUGAUGGAAUAUAUCGACACUCCUGACUGCGAUAAAUCCGACGUUGACAUAGUGGCCAAAGCUGUUCAAGCCUUGAUCGACCUCCGGCACCGGACGCGACCCUUGGCCGCGUCGGCGGGAGCAUGCCUAUUGUGCACUUCUUUCCUGAGUGGAUUCCUGCUGCUGAUUACAGGUCCGUUCAAAACUUGCAUAAUCAUAUUGACAACAGUGAUGAACGACCCAAGGCGCGUCGACCUGGUGGCUGACGCACAGAGCGGUCUCUGUCUAUGCCCUUGCGAUAUCCACCCGCGCAACUUUAAGAAGCUCAAGGAUGGCCGAGUGGUCGCCCUGGACUUCAGCGCCACAUUCUUCAUACCUCCUUCCUUUGUGGGGGUCGCUAUGCAGCCGAGCGGUGGCCAAGAAGCUUAG